UUCAUUUUUUGUACUACACACAAACACACACAAUCAUGUCACACGAAGUUACUAACAAUGACUUGCAUGAUGAUGAUCCAGAAUGGCAAGAGCUAAAACUUCCAAACUUGUUGUUACAGAGUGAAGCUGUUCGGCAAGUGCACGCCACCAUUGAGAGAGAAUGGAAUUUCCUUCAAAGGUCAGCUUGUCAAACAGCAGCAGGAAGGGCUCUGUGGAGGCAUGUCAUCCAUGAUCCACUGGCUUAUUUGCUGGCAGGAGAGUCUUAUUUGAGAAGUCUUCAUGAAAAAAUGAAGAAAGACAGACUCAACAAUGCACGUGAAAUUUCUGGAGUUAUUCUUGCUGUUAGAACUCUUUGGUUUGAUUCUAGAUUGGAAGAUGCCCUUAAUUCACCAAAUGGCAGAGAAUCACAAGUUGUUCUCCUUGGUGCAGGAAUGGACACAAGGGCAUACCGUUUAAAUUGUUUACAGGACAGCGAUGUAUUUGAGGUUGAUUUUCCAGGAGUAUUACAAGUAAAAACCACUAUUUUAGAAGCAGCUAAGGAAUCGACAAAUGAAUUUGAACACAUACGGUCAAUGGCUAAAUCCUUAACAAGGGUAGCUGCUGACAUAAGAGAAAAUGACUGGCUGGAGAAGCUUCGAACUGCAGGUUUUUUGCCACACAAGAACACGAUAUGGGUUCUAGAAGGUCUACUGUACUACCUCACCCAUUCACAGGCCAUGCAAGUGCUGAGGAUUUUGGCCAACAAAUGUUGUGUAACUCACACAGUCCUUUUAGCAGACUUCAUGAAUAAGCCAUCAACUACACUGUCUAAUUCUGCAUUCCAAUUUUAUAGCGACUGGCCAGACCAACUCUUGCCCUCCAUUGGGUUCACUCAUGUAAAGCUUUCUCAAAUUGGAGAUCCAGAUGCCCAUUUUGGACUAUUAAAUGAUCCUUUGAAUCUUUUCAACAAGCUUCGCAGGUUGCCUAGGUCAAUAGAAAUCCAUCCAGACGAUGGAACGCCAUGCUGUCGCUUGUACUUGGUUGAAGCUUCUGGUUCACCUAAACAAGAUGUUGCUCCUAAUGUUCCAAUGAGUGUCUCAUGAUUAAUUAUAUAAAUCAUGUCCUCUAUUUUUCUAGAUGCUUGCCCAUUGUUUAUACUUUAUAGUAUAGUAUAUAGCACAUGAGGAGUACAUGUCACAUCUUAAUGGCAAAUUCUUCUAAUAGGUGUGAUCUCACUCCUUCGGUCGUAAUAUUGCUACAACGCAAGUAACCUUAAAGUAAUUAUU